CCGGAGUUGUCGAUUGGCCAAGUCAACCCCGGAGUUGAUAACUAGUUACCAGCCUAAAACGCCGCCCGACUGCCGCGGUGCGUUUCCUUGACACACAAAAGUCCAGACCUGUGAACGGAUUCUGGAGUCUGGAUUCCGAGUGGUUUUGUCGCUGGCUGUCGUCAGCUGGCGUGGCGAUCAUUCUGUUUGGACCUUGAAACGUGGAGGUUUUGCUGGAGCCCACGACCGAAACCACCCGCUGAAACCUCCCUUCUCUCUGGUGGAGUCAUCGGACUGUUUUUCGCCUGCCGUUGAAGGAAGACAGAUACUCUAUUUCUAUUUCUCAAUGGUAGCCAAACUACGGAGUACUCCGUACUCAAGACUCACUAAUAAUCGUGCCAAGCCCCCCAAAAGCCGCAUCCCACCCUGCUCAUCCGUGAUACCACUCCUCCUUACAUUAUUUAUGAAAAGGGCGAGUUAUGGACAACCACCCCCUUCAUCUUCGCCCCCACCCACAAGUCCAGUCCUCCUGUACUCGUGGCCUCGACAAAUAACCCUAAUAGUUAAACCGAUACCCAACCCCCACGCACGCUACCAAACUAAACUGCGAACCACCUUCAAGGAUCCCAGAACUCCCGACUCAACCCAAGAGCCGGACAAGGGGGGGGAAGGGGGCCACUUUUCCUAGCAUGUUACGUUAACUCGCUCCCAGCAGCCAGGGACAAGUUACAUCCCCGGCACAACGACGACUCCACCCUAGUAGGAGGAGAUGGGAUUUCUCCACUCCCAACCUCCCACCACCACCACCCAGGCCAC